CAAUCGUGGAAGUAAUGGCGACGGAGUCAAACACGAAUGAAAUCGCCGAUUUUGAUAUAGAUCAAGUUAUAGAUUGGGACCAGCACGAUAUUCCUACAAAGGUCUGUUGGGUGAACUGUUAAGUAACUUUUCCACAAGAAAAGCGAACGAUUUCCCUGAAAAUAAAUCGGUUAAGAGUCGACCAAAGUUGAACACCCUCGCUUAUACCGGGGGAAGCGUUAUUUCAAGUCACUGUCCAAGGAAUCCCGUGAAGUUGCCUCAGACAUAACCUUAUUAAAACAGGUCUUUGCAGACCUGUUUUCGAAUAACGCGACCGUUGGGGCAGCCCCGCUGCUGCUGGCGUGAUUGAAAUAGUCUCAAACUUGCUUUAAAGCUUAAUUCAAAAAUCGUGGAGGAGUUCUACAUACCUCAAAUUACGAACGGGAAGUAUACAGGCUUUCCCGGAAAAUUUGCUUCUAUCGCCCACUAUAUAAAAACUAUAAUUCGAGUUGAGGACAAUGCCAGAAUAUUUUAUCCUUUCUCGAUCAAGAAUUUCUUGUCGAAGUAUUUACACGACGCUUUAGGGGAAGUUGAAGUCAAGGAACAUAUCGGAAUUUGUAGGGAGUUUCGCUUAAAAUAUUCUAAGCCUGACUUAUGUCGCGGAAAGACAGCUGACUAAGCUUAACUCUCAUAUUGUAAUACAACAUAACGUUGACAGGUCUGAUAUCUUCGAGUACGUAUUGCACGGCCAGGAAUUACCUGAAUUAUAAAUUAUUUUUAUACAUCCUCAUACUGCCUUCUAAAUGCCUGAUAAAAACAGUUCCUUCAGUUUCGGUCCUACAAAUUAAAGUUGCAAGGCUUAAUAACUUUUUUUAUGCCACUUAACACGUUGCACAUUUUCGUCUUUUAAGAUAUUUUAUUUUGAAACAAUUUCUUUCUGUGAAGCCAUUGUCAUGACUGGCACUUCUUAGAAGGUUCAAGGCUCAACUUUUUUAACGUUUAAGUGCAAUUUUCUUCUAAUCUGCAUGUCUGCCCUAUCAUGUUUUACAGGGAUUGCACUUUACUUUAGCACAAAAGUUGUAACAUCUCUUACUUGAGUUGGGACCACCAUUUAAUGAGGUCAUCUUAGACACUCUAAGGUGUAGCAAUUUGCAGAGCAAAGACAGCACUUUCAUUUGUGAGUUAUUUUAAAACCCUUCUUAUUGCUUUGGCCCCAGGGGGAGCAAUACUGUAAAGCGAUCAGUGAUCUGUAAAAUGGUGGUUUGUUGCUUAUUUUCUGAAUGUCCUCUUAAUUAGGACAUAGAGUUUGACCAGCUUCAGGGUCUAGAAGUGCAAGUGAGCAAUGUUGGAUCAUCAACAUCACAAGCGUCAUCAACUAACUCCCUAAACAAUAGUGGCAGAGAUGGUCUGGUUAUUGGGAGUCAACUACUGGCUCCUCAUAGGGAGACUGGGGCAGCUAUUGCCAGCUUGCCGCAGGUAUGUCUCUGUACACAUUUUACUGAGUAACAUACAAACUUCUCACUGCUUCAUAAUAAUUAAUGUUAUUGUAUUUGUAGAAAUGUAAAUUGAUACAGUCGACUCUCUCUUAAUGGACACCUCUAUAAAACGGACACCUCUGUGAAAUGGACACCUAGAGUUGGUCCCUGCCUUUGCUUAUUCCCUUUAUUUGACUCUUUAUAAGAUGGACACCUCUCUAAGACGGACACUUAGUGCCGGUCCCAAAGGUGUCCGUCUUGGAGAGAGUUGACUGUAUUACUAUUUUCAACCUGUACCUUUUUAUUCAAAGUCCUAGAUUAGAUUACAUAAUACAUAAACAAUGGGAAUUAAAGUGUAUUACAGUAAAUGUAAUUAAAAUAUACAAAAGCUACAAGAUAAUAAGAAAGAUACAUGUACAUUAUUUGAUAAACCAUUCAGUUAAAAAUGAAUGAAAAACAACAAUAAAAAACCCUCUGUACUUUGCCUAAGUAUUAGUGAAUUUAGCCUAAAUUACUAAAUAAGGACACAGUUUUAAUGUCUUAUGCUGGACAAAGGUGUUGCAUUUCUACAUGGCCAUCCAAGCCCUGCAAACAUGUAGCCAUUUGUUGAGCAAAGGCAGCACCUUUAUUUCUUACUGCUGCAAUGGCAACUGUUUCUACAGGUCACCCUACAGGUCAAGGAAAGUUUAUUUUAAUUUUUUUUUGACAAACAUUUUCUACUCUUCAUAAUAAAGCCCUGGAGAACCAGGCUGCUGUUAUUAAUUACCCAAUGUUAAAAUGUAUGAACUCUUUCAAUUGUCUUGACAACUACUGAAGUUGCUUGACCUUGGAAGAAUAUUUUUCCACUAAAUGUACUUUUUUUACCCUUUUUGCAAGGUGCCACAGUCAUCAGCCAUAAAUCCUGUGUUCCCAGGAGACCCCAACUCUCUAAUACGAGAUAUACGACAGGAGUAUCUUCAGAAUCUUGCUGCACGAUCUAGGACACCACCAACUCCAACCUUUCCAUCUGAAAACUUUGAUUUGCCCCCGAUCACUCCACCUGGAUCAAUGCAGGGUCAUUCAACAUUUCCCGUGGGACAACAGCGUGUGAGGAUGCCAAUAAUGUCAAACCUUAAUAGACCUACAACUGUACAUUCUCAGCUGUCACCAUUUGUACCACCCAACUUACCCCCUGUAAUGAGUCAGCAACUAUCAUCUGAAGUGAGUAGUCCAAUGGUGGAAGGCCCCAAUAUCGACGAACUAAUUGAUGAAAUUGUGGAGCGUGAUAUGCCACAAGGUGUCAGUGAACCCAUUGUAUUUGCAACUCAUGUUUCACAGCAGCCCAGUCCUUCUACAACUCAUUCACUUUUUGUACCAAGUGCUUUACAGAAGGGGCUUACAGCAACUUCAGUUCAAGCAGCAAGCCCAGGGCAGUUAGCUGCUGCGCCAAGUAAUGUUACCUGUAAAACGCAGUUGCCUAUGACAGGUGUAACUGGGGGAAGUCCAUUGAAUGCUGCUGGAAGUCCAGGAAGUCCUUUGGCAUCAUCAAGAAGUCCAAGUCCCAAAGUAAAACAAGGAAACCAUGCAGGGAAGGUAUCUGCUCCAAUACGAGCUGCAAAUCAAGGUAUGAGACAUGCCCAAUCCAUAAUUCAGCCUGGAUCUCCACUGCAGACUACUGCUCCACAGUCAGUAGUAAAAAGUACAAGGUCGUUUGUAUCAACAAAUUCUCAGCUUCUGAGUACUACCUCACAAAUGUUACAAAUGGCAGUCCCAUCUGCUGUGGCAGCAUCUUCUAAGGCCCAAGGUGGAUCUUGUCAGCCCCGUACUGCUAGCAGCUUGAAAAUAAGUAUGGAAUCAGCAAAUCCUCAGGGUCAAACAGUUACUUUGUCCGCACCUGUGACUCAGUCAAGUUCUCAGAUCCAAACACACAUCAUUACUGCUGCUGCUUCUAAUAAGAUGCCUUCACAGAAUGUUGCACAAGGUCCUAAUAUUAGUGCAACUAGGCUUCAGUCCAGUAACAAACCUAUUCAGGCCAUUCCUUUGUCCAACCCAGAAUUGUUGGGACAGCUUGUAAAGGCCAUGGGGCAGCCAAAGGCAAAACAGCAGGGAACAACACCUAACAUUCAUACUGGACAACCACUCAUCUGCUAUGUUGUUCCUCAAAGCCCAGCAUCCGGAGUUCAAAGUUCACAGGCCAAAUCAUCAUCUCAGCCAGUUAAGAUGAUUCUGGUGAAUCCUAAUUCUCCCUUAAAAUCCCCAGUUUCAUUAAAACCCCAACUGCCUAAAACUGUCAUUACCAACCCUUCCAGUGCCAGCUUGAAUUGUAAAGCUUCGGUGGUAUCUGGUUCAUCUCAGCUAGCCCAGACAACAUACAAAACUGCAUUGGAAACAGCUGUAUUAGGUCCAGCCUUUAAGGAACUACCCUUAUUGGCUGAAACAGGUAAUAUGACAUUAACAGAGGUUAAAAGUGGCAGUAUUAUAGAUGGAAACAAUUCCACACGUUCUGUACAACUGAAUACAGCUGUAGAUAAUAAUCAAGUACCAACUUCUGUGCCAGGACAACAACAACCAUUUGAAGGAAUCUUUGCCACUAAUUCAAAUACUAAACAGAUUUCAACUGCUUUGGGAUCCACACAGUCUAAUAGUGUACCUUUAUUACAAACUCCUUUGUCAUCUGGUAGCAAUGUUGUUCAAAUAACUUUUGUCAAUGAAGCAACAGCAAUCAGUCAAGUAGUAGCUGCUUCUCCUGCAGCUACAGUAACGGCAUCAUCAUCUGGUGGUAGCCUGCAGGGCAUGGUUACAGCUUCACAGCCAUUAACAGUGGCACCUGGAUUACAAUCCUCAUCACACACUCCACUGAUAAGACCUUCAUUAGAGCCAGCUUCAACCCAUCAACAAGACAGUGAUGAUGAUGACGAUGAUGACGAUAGUACUCCUUUAUCCCAAGUGGCUGAAAACCUAAAGAAAGUGGGUGGUGAUGAGGUGAAGAAAAAGAAGAAGAAAAAGAAAGACAAAGAGAAAGGAAGUAAACGAAAGAGAAAGGGGAAAGAAAAGGACACUCAAGGCGGAAACAAGUUAGUGCAAUAAAUAUCAUAGUUUUAGAGACUUUAUCUGAAUUUUGGUAAUGUCUCGAGCUAUGGGUGAUUAACUGAUAUCAUUCUAGUACCUGUGCCUAGCCUUGAACAUUAUUUUUUAGUUCUCUUAAAGGUGUUUUGCAGGUCUGUUACUAUAUUUCUACCUUAGAUUGAUUUUGUUGUCCUAAAUUUUAGUUGUUGUGUUUUUCUUUAUUUUAUUUUAUUUUAGGCCUUUAACUGCUUAUGAGUUGUUCUUCAAGGAAACCCAGGCAGCUGUAAGAACAAAAAACCCUCAGGUAAGAUGGAAUCAGAAACAAUGCUAUAAGCUGUGCAGUUACAACCUGCAUUAAUAUUUUGGUAUGUUCAAAUGACUGAUUUGAACAUUUCAAGUUCAUUUAAAUCUGCUUAUACUAAUUUAGAAAAUCUUAUACUGGUUUUUUGUUAAAUAAUUGACCUGGCAACACAAGGGAAUAAAAAUCUGUAGAUUAUAAAAAAUGUGGCCUAAAAACCUGAGAUGAGUAAUGUGAUUUAACUGAAGAUAUGAUCAUCCCUGUGGUAAUUGCAAUUUAAGCAAUAUUAUUGCAAGUUAACCUGAAAAUAUUUGAGACUUCAACGGAAUUUGAACCCAUGGGUUAACUUGCAAUUGCUUAAAUUGAAAUUACCACUGCGAUGAUCAUAGCUUCAUUUAAGUUUGGAUUUCCGCAGUUCACAUCAUCUUCAUUCAAAUUAAAGUAAUGUGAUGUUCCUUGUCUUUGACUUGCUCACAGCUUAUUAUUACUUUGGCGGAGGGAAAAGUAAAGGAUUCGCGACGCUCAGGAAUGUAUCAAAGUUGAUAUUUUUGGGCCAAGAUUGGGCACGCAAAGUCUGUAGGUUUUCAGUUUUAUUCGGCUAUUUGACGAAGUGAGAGCCCAAUUAGUUCGCAAUAUCUCAAGAUCACUUCAAUUUCUUUGAUUUAUUUUUUAACUUAUUCGAGGAAGAAAGAAUUAUCAUUUUGGCUCCCUGGGGUUUGAACCAACUCACCUGUGUGACCCGUCAGAUCAGAGGAGACUCUAAGUUGAGGGAUUAGCCGAUUACAUUACUGCGACCCAAGGUAGUUCGGGAUUUGAAAAAUAGCUAUGAAAUUAUGCACUACUUUUGGGACAAGACUGGCCGCACAAGUGCAUGACUUUUCGGCUUUUUUCGGCUAUUUCAUGAAAUGAGACGAGACUGCUUCAUGAUAUCUUGAGAUCACUUCGAGUUUAGUCUUUAAUUUACUCGAGGAAUAAAUAGAGGAUAUUACAUGCCUGCGCAGAGACACGAAAUUUGUCCUCGAGUGUUGAAAAACAUUUCACGAGUGAGCGCUCCUUUGGAACUGUUUUUUGAUGAAUUUAAAGAUACAAAAUGCUGCACAAAGACAUUUUGUCUUUUUUGAGUGUUACGUUGUAAAAUUGCUUUUUUGCAUUACGUGACUUUCUCGAAUGUUCUCUACGUUUUUGGAUUAUUCGUGAAUAAUUAAUUAGAGCAUGUUUACAUUUGAGUAUGAGUCAGCAGAUUUGCAUCAGUUACUGAAAUCAUAAAAUAUGUUGAAAAGCUACUACUAUUCGCCUGUUUAGUCUUUUCUAGAACCUUAUGUCAAACGGUAUACAAGUUCCAAGCGAGUUCUUUUGACAAACUAAGUUUUUUCCCACCAGCUGGAGUGCUAUGUUUAGUCAAGUGUGACGAAGGUUGAUUUUCAAGUUCUGUGUUUACAAGUUGGCGGAAGCCGUAAGAUAUCUGAAGUUCAAGUGAGAGUUUGUUAUUAUUGGCAGAGGCUGUUUGGUUUUACUUAAGUUCAAGUCAAGUUUGUGUUGGCGGAUGCUGUGUAAAGACUACGUUCCUUUGGUGUUUUAAAACUUCCUUGUGUUAAUCCGACAUCCCUGCGUGCUGAUAGUCCUUGAAUAAUUAUCCUCAAAACAUUCGAACCCGUAACAUUGAGUUUUAGCCAAUUCCAUGCUCAAUGUAAUUUGCUCCUUACCAAUGCCUUAAAUAUCUUUAAUCAGUACAUGAGACUGCUAUGCUGUUUUUGAAGCCUGGUGUAAGAAAAAUAGAGAAUUCUUUUUUCACUGUUUGUUUGGUUAGACUUGUUAUUCACCACCAGUAACCUCACAUUUGACUCAGGUCUAAAUGUUUUGACCCAAGUCAAAUUUAGAAGGAUUUGUAUGGAGUCAUCAGAGCAUAACUGGGCUAAUAUCUGAGAGACAAUUUGCCCCAAAAUGCUAGUUUUUGGCAAAUAGGCCUCUUGGAUGUUGCUCGUUUCAGAAUAUCCUGACAAAUCCCAUAAUUUCACAAAUUAAAACCUUACUCUUACCAUAUUUCACUUCUCACUAUUUCUCCGCAUUGACAAUUAAUCAGUUCCACAACCACGACGCCAAAGUGUACACUCCAUAGCGUCUUGUUUUGUUUUUGAAUUAGCCAAUCAGAGGGAGACUGGUGCUGACCUCCACAGAAGUCAGUACCAGUUAAGUUGUUGUUGCCCUUGUUGUUGUUGUUUUUAUCUCAGUGGGGAAAUUAGGGUCUUAAUCAAGACCAGGAGGCUCCUGGCAGGACUAAGGAACUUGGUAGGACUGUGGUAACAAUAAAAGAAAUAAUAGCCUUUCUCUGAUGAAAUUGAAAUUAUCACAAUCAUCGUCUUACAACUCUCAUCGAGAGCAAGAUAUUCUAUCCAGUUUUUGUCAAAACUAUAUGCCCAAGUUUGUCCAAGGCAAUGUUGGUGUCUCUGGUUAAGCAUUAGAGUGGUUUUCGUUUGAGUGUCGUAAAACCAAAACCAAAGUAAUUACUCUGGCCAAUCACAUAGGACACAGACAAUACAUUGAACCAAUCAAAACUCGAAGUAAUUACAUGUGGCUGACGCAAAGCGCGGGAAAAUGCAUGCGAGCGUGUCACAAUUGGCUUUGGUUUUACUUCUGAUUGGAUGAAAAGGUGGCGCGAAUCUUUUAAGCCAAUCGCAUCCUGUAGAAAGUGCAAAACCAAUUACUUUUCGACACUCAAAUGAAAACCGCUCUAUAAUAUACAUGUAAGUUUUAGUUGUCCAUUGCCCCUGUUUGGGCAUGGUAUUCCUAAAGAAUUAUGUCUGACAUAGGCUGCGGCCGCACUUGGUGACUUAACCAAGUUAUUUCCAAUUAACUAAUUAAAGUUAAUUCGUUUAAAAAAACUGUGAUUGCAUCCGGGUUUUCUACAGUCUCAACCAAGUUCUAACUGGGUUAUGCAAAUCAAGCAAGAACAAAAGAUUUUCUUAACCUGGUUAGGUUUUCUGAAACCACCUUCCAAGGAAGUUUAACACAGGUUAACUGUAUCAAUUAGUUGAUCAUCUCCGCCUACUCCUGACAAUGGUCCAAAUUUUGGCUUUACCAUCAGAGAUUCCAACCCUUUCAUUUUGGCCAGAAACCUCCCAUUUUUGACAAAUAUUUCUAGCCUUUGUUUUCGCUUAAUACUCCCCCGGUUUUUGAAACUCUUCCUAGCCAAAGAAAGAUAAUGUUUUUGUUGUUUAACCAGUCUUUUUAGCAUGAUUCUUUGCCAUUUUUCUGUGGUUUCUCAGCCAUUUUUACCCUUUUGGCAUCCAAGCAUGAGCCUGCCAUAAUUUUGGGUGGAGUAAUGCACUGAUGUAAUAGGGACCAAUAGGCCCUAGCAACCACUGCCUGUUAAAAACUCCACUCUUUUCCACUGACUGUGAUCUCAAAAUGCAGGAAAUGGCAUCUUAGAGGCACAUAUCUUAAAAUUUUUGUUUUUGGCGCUCGUGGACACGGCUAUGCUGCUCCACAAGCCUCCCUUUUUGCAGUUGACAGUUUUGGAAUGUCUGUACCAUGCACGCGAGCACAACAGUUUCAAAGUCAAUUCUUUCGCUCCAAGUUCAGCUUUUCUUUCUUAACACAAUUAGGUUAAAACUUUUAAGAAGUCAACCUCUUUUUAUCAUUAAUACGGGGUCAAAUCUUAUGCGAGCAUUAUGAGCAAACCAAGCGAGCAAGAAAAAAAGCGUGUGACAUUGAAUGACUUUGUGGAAGUCUAAAUUGAGUCCGGCUACUGAUAAAAAUUAACCUGGUUAAACUCUUUUAACCAGGUUACAUUCUGAAGAUGUUUUUACCAGGUUAUUCAAAAACUAACCCGGUUAACUUACCAGGUGUGGCCGCAGCCAUAAUCUGCACUUCAUGGUGUUCUUUGUUGUCGCAUUUUUCAAGUUAGUGAUCCGUUUUCCAUAGGCACAGUUUGAGGACAUCAAGAAAAUUGUGGAUCAGAUGUGGGAUACUUUAAAUGAAAAUCACAAAAAGGUGGGAUCACCUUUACUGGUAUGUGGAAUUUGUCAGCAAAAUAAUAGGAAACCAAGCAGGCUUUUUUCUCAAGUUUUAAUUGCAUAAAAGAGGUCAACUCUAUCCUUUACCAGAAUGGUGUACUUGCAUGGAUUAAGAUUUUUUGCCAUCCAUGCAUUAACUAGAUUGUUAGUUUAUUUUGUAGUUCAAAGUAAUAAGAAGCAUUUUUGUCUUUGAUCUUGACUCAUCAUGCAGAUUUUGAAGCUGAUUGGCUUGUGGAGUUGAUUAUUAGAAGCAUUGUGGCUGUAAUGUCUGGUGAAUUUUGGUUCUCACUUAUGUCUAGACAAAGUGGGGAUCAAUAUUAGUCAUGCUUGCUUUAGCUGCAAGACUCAGGUGCAAGCAUUUCUUUUCUUUUUUUUUUCUUGUGUACAUGCCAAAAUGGGGGCCUAGUCGUAAGCUAUCCUAGCGGAGACCGUGGACACUGAAGAUAAGAAUCGUGACGUGUCACAGCGCCAUGCUUAAAUUUCUUUUGUGAAGAAAGCUUAGCAAAGAUUAAUGUGAAAGAUGUUGAGCUUUUCUGGAAUGGGUCGGGCCAUGAAUUCUAUUGCUUGAAAGCAUUAAUUACUAAUUUGGAGCAAGUGAAUACUUCAGUGAAAAUUUUGAUGGUGAGGCUAUAAACUGGUCGAGCAUUGUAAACUUUCAUUGUAUGCAAAUGAGUCUUGUGAUGAGCAUGUGGUUUAUUUUCAGUAAUGACUGAAAUGACGCACCAUGUUCAUCACGUGUAAGGUCACUGGCAAUGAUGUAAUUUCUCUCGAAUUGAUUUUCACUUAUUUAUACAGUCGUUCUCAAUUGUCAAAUACAAUAUAAAAAGUAAAUAUCCUGAAGAAUAAUAGACUCUAAAUAAAGUAGGGAGUGAAAAACGUUUAGCGAGGAAAUCCCAUUUCAUGUAGAAUAUAUUUCCCCCCCCCUAUUUCAUAUUUACCAGUGAUCUCCAAGCAAGCGAGACUGAAUGCUUUUUAACAGCAUUCAUUUUUGAAAAAAAAAGGACAACCCUGUUCGUUUGUAAAGGGUAAAUUAACAAUGUGGUUUCUUUUUUAUCAGGGUUAUCAAGAGAAGGCUCGACAACUGGAAAAUCAAUUCCAAGCUAAGAGGCUGACACAGCAGGUACAGUGCCAAACAGUCUACUAAUUAAUACGUCAUUAAUUACUUUAAAUAAUACAGUGAUAAUCAUUAUUAUGAAGGAAACAAUCUAGACAAGAAAAUGUUAAAUGUCUCUGUUAACCAAUCCUAGCUGAACGCUUGCAAACUUUUCAUAUACCACCCUAGAACUUGUUGACUUACUUUAUUCGCUCUUUUUUUUUCAUUUACUUAACAUGAUAGUGACUCUCAAGCCAAUUCAGUCAAGACAAUGUCUAGCAAAACCUGGGUUUUAAGCAAUAUUAUUUGAGUCUUGCUUUAUCACUGAUUAAUUUUGAAUCUAUAUUAUCAUUGAGACUGUCAAGAAUUCAUUAAUAUAGUAAAGGGUAUAUUAAAAAUCAUAUAUUUUAGGUAAUGUUAUCUCAGAAUGUUAUGUAUUGGGCAGUAUAAUAAUUAUUGGUACAAUGGCAAAUGCUUCUUUCAGGAUGAACCAACUCUAAAACUGAAGAAAGUGGAAGUAGCAGUAGACCAUGUGACUUCCCUUCCAGAAUCAAGUACUGCAGCAGCUACACCCAGAUCAGUGGAGGUUAUUAGUGAUACGGUGGCUGUGACUAAUAGUAAACCAUUAAGCCGCACCCCAACACAAGUAGCUAUGGCUGGUAAACCAGUGGCAACUGUACCACCCAUGGCAGCUGCCAAAACAACAAUAAACACAAACACUCAACCAAACAUUUCAGCAAAACCUAAGGUGAGUGCUGACUGAUAAACUUAAGUGCCUUAUCCGGUGCUAUUUUAACUCUUGAAUGCAUGUUGUGUAGGAGGAGGUGUUUAUAUAAUUAUGUCACUGGUCAUUCAGUAAGGUGUAGACACUUUUGUUGUAGAUAUUAUUACUUGGCUCUGAACAUGAGUGCUGAUAUCAAAACAACAAUAAUGUUAUUAUUUUACUGUUGUUGUAGAUCGAUAAUUUGUUCCCAAAGAGUUGUGUUAAAAAAAUGUAAACUUUAUGACAACCAACAACAUCCUCAUUUUCCAACAAAAACCAUGUGCUUGCAAAACUAUUCAUCCCAUCGGUCACAUUCAUCUCUGUAGCAACUAAUUUUCAUGAACCUGGAUAACACUUCUUAAAUUUUAAUUUUCAACUUGUCGUUUAUUUUUCACCUCUUCUUGAAAAUGAUAUUAGGAUUAUUAUUAGCACUAUUGAUAUCAUCAGUAUUAAUCUGUUCCAUUUCUUUUACUGUGAUAUUUUUUUACUUCAUAUCUUUCAGUUAAUUUAGUCAAUUUAGAGGUGAAGGUCAUUGUAAUUAGUGAAUACACUGCAAGUGAAGUCAUUUAAUUUAUUUUUUACUUCUUUAGUGUACUUUUUUAUUGAUGUUCUCAAGCUCAUAGUACCAUAAUAAUGUAAUAAAGAAAUAGUACCAUAAUAACAUAAAAUUAAUAUAAAGAAAACAUUUCUUUACAGAAGAGUAAAGUGACUGUCAACCCAAUAAGUCAGCGUAUCUGUUUGUGUGAUGGCUGUAACAAGCCAGCACGUACAACCAAAGAGCGUGGAACCCAGUACUGUAGUAAUGAAUGCAUUGUCAAACACUGCAGGUAUUUACAUCAGGUUUUUCUCUUAUGUCAGUUUGCUUUAAAAACCCUUAGGGCCUUUUUGUAUAAAGUUAGCCAACAGGUUAGCAAGCUGGCUUUGUUCAUACCUCAAUUCCUCAUAAAAUGUCCAUUGUGUUUCCAUGAGAAGGCAGACUGGCUUACUUGCUAGGAUCUUGGCUGGUCAACCCAGGAUCUUGGGAAGUUAGCCAGUGCAAAAGUUUAUUGAACAAGAGAAAUCUUUGAUAAUUCUACAAUUGCUGACACAAUUGUUUGGGACUGUUGUUUUACCAUCUUCAAAAGAUAAAAGUGGGUGAUAGAGAGUAAAUAGUUAAUAGAUCUUGUACAUGUAUGUAAAGAGGUGCUAAGUGAUCUAGAGCUUUAUAGGUGAAAAGCAGAACUUUUAAAGAUAACACGUUCGUUAACCACCAGCCAUUGAAGUUCUCUUUCAUGAUAAGUUGUGCAGCACAGUUUGGGACUUGUUAAAGAUUUUGGAUAAGGUUCUCCCCGUCACCCAUGUAAUAGUGAAAUUAUUACAACUAUCAAGUCUACAUGUGACAAACACAUGCAUAAGUGUUUUCAAAUAUCCAGCUAGACAUGUAUUAUUUGUUUGUCUUAUGACCGCUUAAACACCCAUUUUUUCUAUUUUUUUCUAUUUUAGAAUGGCUUUUACUCUUUGGGUGACACAGAGAAAUGAAAUAUCAGAAGCCAAUGGCUGAGGCUGCCAUCAUAUUCAGAUGUCACUACUGAUCUGUAUAUCUAACAUUGUUUUCUUUUUUUUUCUUUUUUCCCUGUUGGAUAUAAAGGUCAAAGAUCUCAAUUGCAUUAUUUAUUGUAAGAAAAUAAACACCUUAAGAAGCCAAAAAUUGUGUUAACAUAUACAAAUAUCAUUAAUUUUUGUGAGUUUUGGAGAUUUAUGAUAUUGUAGCCGUAUGUCUCAUUCUUUAGUAGCCAUAUUUUCCUCUUAAGUUAAUAAAGUCUUCUUAAGUUCUCUGGAUUUACUAGAAUUUGCUAACUCCUUCAAAACUCCCCUUCCCUCCGCCCCCC